AUGUGCCCCUACAUUUGGCUCCUUGUCGCACUUGCAGGGAGCGUGACAUUGAGCGCUAUACCGUCUAUGGCAAUAGAAUGCUCCUCACUACCAGAUAAUGUUGGACCUCUUUAUUUCCCACUAUCGAAUUGCUCUACCCAGUCCCACGGCGACGUUCCAGUAGCUGAGAGCUGGGGGCUUGCCAUCACUUUGGGCGACCCACCUCAGGAGCUUUGUGUAGUGCCAUCCAUGUUCACGAAUGGAACCUUUGUUCCAACUGUCGAAGUGUGCGCAAAUGAUAAACAAAUUUCCUUUGAGACAUGUACCUCACGGCGCGGGGGACUUCUGGAUGCUGACCUUUCUGGCGCACAGUUCGGCCCUAUUCCGACGAACGACCUUCCCCCGGACUACAACUGGCUGGCCAUCCAUCCCAAUAACAAU